GGGACACGAACGCGGCCGUCGAUCGAGGACAGCGGCUGUCUGAAGGGCUCUCCGGAUUUUGCUGUCUCUCCUCUCUGUCAGGUCUGUGCCCGUUUAUUUUUUUCCCUUUUCUUUCUUACACUGGGCUGGGGUAGGUCAGCUCUCAGUGGCUGCUUUUCUUUCUGCUGUGUUCAGCUAUGGCUGAGCCUGUCGUGGGAUGUCUCUGGUUGCUCCUGCUGAAUUUCUGCUUCUUUUCCUCUGGAUGACCAGUGCUAGCUGCCCCACAGGCUGUGAACGUGGCCAUUCCCUGCUCUGAAGCAGGUUCUGCAGUUAUGUCCUCACUUGUUACAGAGAAAACUGACUGAAACGUUGCAACUGAUUCCUUCUGGACACUUUCUAUCACUGGGGCAUAUGCUGUGUUAUGAAUAUAACUCAGAACUGAAGCACGUGUGGCUUUCUUUUUUACCCCCUGCAUGUUUCUGUGGUAUUUGCAAUCUUUUCUGAACUGACAGACAGCAGUGACAGCAAAGGACAAACGUAAAGGAGAUGCUUCAGCUGUAUUGCAAGCAGCAUGUGCAUUUGGUCUGAUUUUCUUGCUGACACUCAACUCUAGAACUUGCUUUCUUGACUAAGAAUUAAAUGAGGGCCUCAUUUACUGUAAAUAAUGCACAUCUGCGUCAUAUUGAUUGCAGAAAUCUAAAAAAGAAAGCUUCAAUAGCCUUGGCAGAGCUAGCAAGCUGCAUGCCUUUAUGGGAUUUGCUUUGUGCUCUGAGUUAGAGCUGUCUACUUUUAUGUCUAGAGCAGCUAACUUGUACUGGGCCAAUGAUGUUUCCUUCCAUGAAGUUCUUCCUGAAGGUGGCCAAUUAAUAUGGCAAUAGAUGGCAUAUCAGAUGACUCGUGUUGUAGUCCCAUAACUCCUGUUGUUGUGGUUGGUAUUUGGGAGUGUAAAGAAACUGCUCUGCCUACUUUAUUGUUUUGAUUCUUAUCAAAAUUACAGCUCCAUUAGCACUGGAGAGCUCUUCUGCUGCAGAAGGGGCUGGGUGUGUGUUUGUACUUUAGUCCCGUAAAUAACUGAGGCUGGAAUGGGGAGGGAGAGAUGUAUCUGCUCAAAAGUGGGCAGAUUUUGGUUCUUGGGAAACUUACAGAAUUUAAAUGUUUCUGCUCCCUCUGUAAGGAGAGCUGUAGUUUUGUUUGAAAUUUCCCAGAACAAGGAGCAAGUCUUCUAGCAUUUAGACCAGCUGUACGUGGGAAGAGGCAGCACUGGAGUUCUAUCUGUGCAAUCAGGACAGUAAAUAGCUUGAUCUUAGACCUUGAUCCACAUUCUUUCUUGUAUUCUUAUUCUUAAUUUUCUUUUUUGCCUAUGUGACCAGUAUGGGCCAGAUUCUGGAGAACAGAACGAGGAUAUAUAUUCUAUUGGCUCUGUCACCAAUUCCAGCCAUAACCGUGGCUCCAAUUUCCAUCUGUAAAGCUAUCCAGAGCUGAAAGAUAACAUCUGUGCUUCUAAAAUGUGCAGAAUUGUAAGAGAAUUGGUGUAUGUACUGACCCGCAAACCUUUAUUGAGUACCAGGAAGGAAAGUAACAGCUUACUAGUCAAUUCGUUCUGCUCCUACGCAGCUGAUGUCUCUCUAGCCAAAGGCAUGUCAGGAUAGAUUAGACUUAAACCUUUUGAUCUGCUUCCAGUGCACAGAAAGGGCGAGUUCUAGGCUGGAAAAUGGCAGGAGUGCAAUGUUGACUGUUCUAAAAGCCUGAAGGGGAAUCUGGAGGUUGGUAGGAUGAGCUAUCGAGGCUCAGCAGAGGUUCAGCUGGUUUUAUGCUGCAGCUUGCUCUAUGCAGGAAGAUUCUUUUCAUUUUAAAAAGUUGGAGAAAGUUUUGUUCUUAGGUGGUUUGUGAUCCUGUUGAAUCACCACUGAGGGCACCUGAAUCUAAAAAGCCUACAAAUAACCAUAACAGAAUCAUAACUGUGUGUUUUCUCCAAGUCACUGCUCAGCCCAUAUUCAGCCCCAUCAACUUGAUUUCAGUGUUUCUGUCUCCUCUUGAUUCUUGCUCAUGCAGUAAUGUUAGCGUCCUGGUUUUUAAUGACUUGUUAGGGGGAAUAACUGCCAUUCUGGACAGACAAGGCAGUUGUGUAAGUAGAUUAGAGGACAGUGAAUUUUUAAGUUACUGAAUCCUUGUUUUCAUAGUAAAAUAGGAUUUGACAGCUGGUGUGAAGGACACACCAACCUAACUUUGCCUAGGGCUCAGUGCCACCAGCUACGGGCCAGAUACUCUUGCCUCUGAGAAGUAUAUCAGACCAAUGACUAAGGAAGAGCACAGGCAAGAUCAGAAGAAAGGAGAGAUUUCUGGACUUUGGAAUAUGUUUCUGUGUGGUUCUGCAUUUUGAGGUGAUUGAAAAUAGGGCUGGGAGGGAUUUUCAUGAGGUGACCGAGCCCAUGCUUUGCCACAAGGCACAGUUAGCUACAUCUGAGCCAUCCCUAAUAGACGAGUUGAGCUUGUUUUUAAGUAGCAGAGAUUUUUCAGUUUCCCUGGAUGAGCUGUAUUUGGUUUUAUGAAAUAUGCUAUUGAGGAAAAAGUAGAUUUUGCUCAGCUACUGAGCUUUUCAAGGCUUUAGGCAGCAAUCUGCAAGCUGUCAGGUCCAAUUAAAGCAAAUGGCUGGAGCUGAUAUGUUUUUCUCCCUCCUGGAGAGAGCACAGUUCAUCAAAAGCCAGAAGGAAAUUUCAUCAGGCUCAUGAGCAAUUAUCUUAUGGGAUGUAAUAAGAGAUGCACUAGAUGCCCAGUGUGAACUUUCACUUAUAAUCACUCUUAAUUCUCCAAUGAGCAGAUGAGCACUGAUCCCACCAAUUUGGAGCCUGAAGUUUUUGUGCUCAGUGGAGGGAAGUUGUUUUGUAGAAUUUGGCUGAUGGUGAUAUGUAACACUGAAUGUCAGGCAAGCCUGACUUGACAAAAGGCCUUCUACCUCUUAGAAGGAUUUGCACAAACUUACUGUUAUUGAUUAUGAACAAAACAUUAACAAAGCUGCUGCUUCUUUUAAGCCAGUAUCCCUUAUCAGGCUGGAAGAAUAAGUAAUAAAUUGGCAUGAUGACCACAGAGAGCAUUGCUCUUACAGCAUGAAAGGGCAGGCAACAUACUCAUCUCAACAUAACAGCUCAGUACUAGAAUACAAUCAGUAUGAGCUGAAUGCAAGUUCAGCUUAGACAGAAGGGAUCACCAGGCUGGUGUCUGUAAAGGACAAGGGUGGAUUGUAGAGGUGAAAUGCAGUCAGUGGGACUGUCCUUAAGCACAGUGCCUAGCAAGUUAUUUUUAGUGUUUCCUCACCCCGUGUCCCAGUAUUUCAGGAUGCGUGCCUGCUCUUUCACAAAACAAUUACAGUGGAGUUGAAAUGACAAGAUGUUAAUCCCUGAGCAAAGGCAUAUUAAUGUCCUGCUUUGUUCUGUUUAUGUAAUACAGUUAAAUAUACUUUGAGAGCAGGUGAGGUAUGGGCUAUGGAAAUGGUUUAACCUCACUCAGGCUUUUUCAUGGUUGAUAAGUUUUAGAAAGCAGUUACCCUAUUUUUAAUUUUUCUUUCUGCUGAGAAUAGUCUUUCAGUAAGGAUGGCUUCAUUUAGCUGAUAGUGAUACUUUACCCACAGAAGCAUCAUCUGCUCUUCUCUUCUGCUCUGUGCCAGCGAUGCCAUUUUGCUAAACUUAAACAGCAAUCCUGACAGCACAAGAAAGAAUAUCCCUAUCUGUGGUGAGCUGUGAAAUGAAGCACUGUUGAGGCCUCAUGGCUUAGCAGCGCAGUAUUGAACUGUGUACUUCAGCCAACUCUGCAAACCCUUUUGGUGGGCUAAGGAGGAGUUUCAUGAACUUAGUCUAAUUCCUGCUGGUUAAAUUUGCUACGUAGCCGCUGAGGUGGUGCCACAGUUCUAAUCCAGAAGAUCUGGUAGUGCUGGGACAUCUCCCAGCUUGUGUCUUCUGAGCUGUGGUCAGGCACUGUGAUAUUUCUUGGCUCUCUCUUCCCUCUUUGUCUGAGCCACUGGAAAUCAGGACUUGGAAACUGCCUUCUCAAAGCAGUUGACUACAUUACACUUCAUUACAACUGCAUUACACUUCAAUAACAGAUACAGAGUAGUGUUGGGUGAGAGAGGUGCAGCAUUCACUGCCUUAACCUUUCUUUCAUCUCCCAGGAUAUAAACAAAGCCAAAUCCCUUCCAAACUGUAUUUCAAUUGGAGUGUGCUCACUGUCUUGACCAUCUGUUCACUGCUCUUACCAGUAGGGCUUGAAAAAUAAAAGAACCGCUCUGUUACAGUGCAGGGAAUAAUAUACUUGGUGCUUGCUGUUUGUUCCUGGUAAGAUGAGUGUGGUUUCAGCCUGUUCCAUUGAAGUUCUACUAAGGUACCUAUCACCAAUUUAUGCUAGAGCAUGGUUGUUCCAAGAUCAGCCUCUAGCAAAAUUAAGCCCAAUCAGCUGGCUGUUUUAAAGAGGAGCAUUGCUAUCAGAAUUGAACCCAUCCCUGCUUUUCUUUGCUCUGGUAUCACUCACAUUCUUUCAUGCCUUGGAAGUGGUUGGCUUUGAUCUACUAAACCUUUUCUCUGAUUUGCAAAAUGUGCGUCCUGCAAACAGGACAGUUCACCUCCUGCUUAACUUUGCAACACCAUCCCCAUCCUUCAGACUCAGUGGAUAAACAAGACCUGAUCUGACAGUGCUGCUCUUUGUGUGAGCAUGGGCUGUGGAAUGAGAACUGGAAAACAAUAAACAAUGAAAUGAGUCUGGCUGAGUGCUUUCCACAUCAAGAAGUGGGACCGGUGCCCUGUUAUGAGGCAGCGUUACAGCCCAGUGAUUGUAAAUUAAUAAGGCAUCAUAACAGCUAUCCUGAAAGCAAAACCUCUUUCUAAUGUGUUACAAUUUAGUAUUAGCCCUUAGACGAGAGAUACAUUUGUGGGUUAUUAGGGUUUUAUGUGACCCUGUCAGCAGUAGCAGAGAAGCUGGUUGAAAACAAGAGGCUGAUGGGGUUCUGAAGAAACAGGAGGGAAUUGGAAUAUAUAUUUCCAUAUGGAACUCUGGAAGAGCAGAACUUCAGAGAAGGUAAAAAGAGAAGACUCAAAGAGAGUGAUUUGCAAGUAAUAGAGCUGGGUAUUGAACUGGUGUGAAUUGACGUUGUGUCAAAUGAAAUACCCUAGAAGAAUCAAAAGCCUCUGGCCAGAGAUGGGAGCUGGAGAACAGGGAAGUGAGGAGCUGGGGGCCAGGGCAGUCCUUGCACAGUACAGCAGACCUGGGGCACUGCCACAGCUGCAGCAAUGGGGCUAAUGGCUCCUGGUCUCAUCUGGGAGUUGAGAGGGGAUGAAUGCUGUGAGGUGCUUUGUGUGCCCUGGUAAGUCAAAAAGGGUCAUUCACUGUGAGUGCUGUUCCUUUUCUGGUCUGUUUUCAUUUAAUAGUGAGUAUAUUUAGCUGUGAGAGUUGUGUGUGGGGAGAGAGAGCCCACCACGUCCUGCUAUGAGAACACAUGCUGCUGUGCUGUCCCAGGCCUUACCUCUUGUUGAGGAGAAAGAAGAGCAAAGGGUAAGCCUAGGUUUGUUGGUGUUACAAUCAGAAAGAUUAACACAGUGGAAAGGUGAUACAGGAGUGAAAUAACAAAAGGAACUAAUACAAAUGGAAUAGUGUUAUAAAGGAAAAGGACUCACCCAUCUCUGAAGAUCUAGGCUCAUAGGGAAAACUUCAUGAUGGAGGGACCUCCAACUGCAGAAAUCUUUCCUUAUGGGCAGUCAGCCCUUAAAUGGGGUCUCAGAGAGGUGCAGCCAGGCUCCACCCCUUCUGGUCACACAGCUGAACUGCCUUCACCUGUGCUCCCAGGGCUGACCUGGUUCUUUCCCCAGGUGCUCAAUCAGUGGUUCACGCUGUGACUCAACAGUUCCCAUACAGUUGGUAUGAAAGCUGAUCUCGAUAAAUGGCUAAUUUAGGAGCCUUGAGCCUUAGACAGAUAUCCGAAUGAUCCUGGUUGUUGUCUGAACCAGGUGUUUAGCUACUGAAUUGUUGGUUUCAGAAACUGAUUGUGUCAGGAAGGGGAAGACAUUCUAUCAAAUCCCCCCCCUUUAUGCCUUAUGAGUAGUGCAGAAAACAGUAUAUAGAAAACAGUCCUAUCAGAAACUUGCUGCACAGCAGUUCAUGAGCUGACUUAAUGUGGCCAUCGCAUCCAACUUGCUUAGGUGUCUCUAUUUCCAAUAUGAGGAUAUACAAAAGCAAAUCUUGAACCUUUACACUAGUGGUGGUUGCUCAGUCUGAAUGCUUCAUGUCUUGGUGUGACCUUUAAAGGGCACCGUGCCCUUGAUGUUCCCUUGGAAGCAAGCAGUUAUAAUGUGGUGGUGUUUUAUUUUAAGCCCUCACAAUACACACACACUUGGUGACUAGGAACUGCUCCAGAGGCUUAACAAUAAAGAAUGGUUGAAGAAACUUCUCGUGAAUGAGUCAGGUGCCUCUGAGUCGGGAAUAGAUCCCUCUGGGCCUGGCCUGCAUGCCACUAUUCUUGCAUAGAAUCCCACUGAAAUGACUGAGGUCACAGUGAGCUCCUCCUGGAGCCUUGUUGCUGAGUUGUCUCCUGAAGAAUGGUCAGCACCAUUUUGAUUACUUGCUUGUGCUGCAGUACAGUUACCUGGGAUCGCUGCUGAUGCAGGCAGUGUUGGUGAUGUGCUUUGUUCCAGGCUGUCUGUAUAUGUCUGUAAACAUUUGAUGAGGUUUGCCCAGUCUGCACUGAGAUCAUGAAGGAUAAAGCAAGUGAUGUUUGUCUUGACAUCACAAAAAUAACUGCAAGCCACUGAGGUCUGUCAUGUGAAUAGCAUCUUUUUUCCUGAGAAAUAUGUGUAGAGGACCAAAGAUCAAAACACAAACCAGCACAUUUGCUAAUAAAACUCAUAGCUGGAAUGUUCCUGGCACACUUUUGUUCUGCCCAUUAAGGCCUUACCAGCACCCGCCCAAUCAGCACCGACCCAAAAGUGUCACUGUCGUUUCAGUGCUCUGUAAAUGUUUGCAUUUCUUUUGUCUGAUUGCUGCCACUUGCAGCUAUUGAUUGUUGUGGCUCUGUUACACUUGCAAUCAUUUCAACACUUUCUGAUGCUUUUCAGUGGAGCAGUCUCAUCAGCAUUAACUCCCUGUGCUGCUGAGGCUCCUUCUGCCUUCUCUGUUUCACGGAGGGUGAAAGGCCAUGGAGACAGCUGAGACACAAGUUCACUUCCAGUUGCUGCAAGCCAAUUUGAUAAACUCAAGCCCAUGGUGUGCUAAAAAUGCAGCAGAGGAUGCUGGGUGCGUUGCUGUUGAUGCUGUCCAUCUCCAAGGCCCCCUCCAUGAAGGAGUUCUGAGGGUUGUUGUGCAGAGCAAUGGACUUGGACCCCUAUGCCAGCAUGCAGGUUGGGAUGCGGGUAGUUCGUGGAGUGGACUGGAAGUGGGGCAGUCAGGACAGCGGUGAAGGGAAUGUUGGGACUGUGGUUGAGAUUGGUCGGACAGGCAGCCCAACCACCCCGGAUAAGACUGUGGUCGUGCAGUGGGAUCAAGGCAACAGAACCAACUAUCGGACUGGAUUUCAAGGAGCUUAUGACCUUCUUCUGUAUGAUAACGCACAAAUAGGCGUCCGUCAUCCUAACAUCAUCUGUGACUGCUGCAAGAAGCAUGGCAUACGAGGGAUGCGGUGGAAGUGCAAGAUGUGCUUUGACUAUGACCUGUGCACACAGUGUUACAUGAACAACAAGCACGAUCUGUCACAUGCCUUUGAGCGCUAUGAGACAGCGCAUUCACAGCCAGUCCUAGUGAGUCCUCGACAGAAUCUGACUCGCAUCACAUUAAAAGGGACUUUCCAGGGGGCUAAAGUAGUCCGUGGCCCAGACUGGGAAUGGGGUAACCAGGAUGGUGGUGAAGGUAAAACUGGACGUGUGGUUGAUAUUCGUGGCUGGGAUGUGGAGACUGGACGUAGUGUGGCCAGUGUCACAUGGUCUGAUGGUACCACAAAUGUCUACCGAGUUGGACACAAGGGAAAAGUGGACCUGAAAUGUACUGUGGAGGCAUCCGGUGGCUUUUACUACAAAGAGCAUCUCCCAAAAUUAGGAAAGCCAGCUGAAUUGCAGAGGAAAGAAAGCACAGAUAGGCAUCCAUUCCAGCAUGGAGACAAAGUGAAAUGCCUGCUGGACAUCGACAUCUUACGGGAGAUGCAGGAGGGCCAUGGGGGCUGGAAUCCUAAAAUGGCUGAGUUCAUUGGCCAGACAGGGACUGUGCACAGAAUCACGGACAGAGGAGAUGUGAGGGUCCAAUUCAACAGUGAAACCCGCUGGACUUUCCAUCCUGGAGCUCUGACUAAGCUCAACACCUUUUGGGUUGGUGAUGUUGUCCGAGUGAUUGAUGAUAUGGAAACAGUGAAGCGAUUCCAACCUGGUCAUGGGGAGUGGACUGAUGAAAUGGCACCUACUCUAGGGCACAUUGGCAAAGUGAUCAAAGUGUAUGGGGAUGGAGAUCUGCGAGUGUCAGUUGGAGACCAGUCCUGGACAUUUAAUCCAGCUUGCCUGACAGCAUAUCAGAGAGAUGAGGAAGCAAAUCUCAUGACAACGGAGAAUGCAAAGGAAUCAAAAAGCACUUUGAUUACUGUAUUGGAGAAACUGUUGUCUCAGAAGACAGAAUCAGACCACGCAGGGUGUUUGGUUAUUUGGGCAGCACUCAACAAUGCAGCCAAAGUUCGGGAGCUCCUUCAGAAGUACCCAGACAAGGUCGACAACAAGAAUCAGGGCAGAACUGCACUACAGAUCGCCUCCUAUCAGGGGCAUCUGGAUGUUGUGAAGAUUUUGCUGCAGGCACAUGCCACUGUCAAUCUGAGGGAUGAAGAGGGGGAUACAGCACUGCACUAUGCAGCUUUUGGAAACCAAGCUGAUGUUGCCCGUGUGCUUAUGGCUAAAGGAGCUGGUGCAGACCUGUUAAACAAUGCAAAGUGCACAGCUUUGUAUGUUGCUGUCAGUCAAGGAUUCACAGAAGUGGUGCAAGCCCUCUGUGAACUCAACUGUGAUGUCAACCUCCCAGAUUCUCAUGGAGACACUCCCCUCCAUUAUGCUAUCACUGCAGAUUACAAAGUCAUCAUCGAGAUUCUCACCGAGGUACCCAACAUCGAUUUCACUGUCCAGAACUGUCAAGGCUUCAAUCUGCUCCACUAUUCUGCUCUAAAAGGCAACAAGCUAGCCAUAAAGAAGAUUCUAGCAAGAGCUCGACAGUUGGUUGACUCCAAAAAAGAAGAUGGCUUCACUGCCCUGCACCUUGCUGCUCUCAAUAAUCACAAAGAAGUGGCAGAAAUUCUCAUCAAAGAGGGUCGCUGUGAUGUCAAUGUCAAGAACAACCGGAACCAAACGCCUCUGCACCUCGCUAUCAUCCAGGGACACGUAGGGCUGGUGCAACUGCUGGUCAGUGAAGGUAGUGAUGUAAAUGCUGAAGAUGAGGAUGGGGACACAGCCAUGCACAUUGCCUUGGAACGACAACAGCUAAUGUCAGUCCUGAUGGAGAAGCGUGAAGGGGAGAUGGGGUCAUCCCUCUUUUCCAAGCUGCAGGCUUCUGGCUUUCUUGGAAAUGUAGAGCUGAAUGUUGGAACUGCAAUUGCAUGUUACUUAGCACAGGAAGGAGCAGAUAUUAAUUAUGCAAACCAUCGGGGAAAGUCUCCUUUAGACCUCAUUACAGACGGAAGGAUUGUCCAAAUCAUCAAAGACUUCUCACAGAAAUUCAGGGAACAGCAGGUUUCUUCAGACUGCUCAGCCAUCACCUGCAGCCUUCGCCGCGUGCAUACCACUCCCAACACAAUGACCAACCUUAGUGUCUCAAGUGUGGCAGUCCCCACAGAGUGCCUGGUCUGCUCAGAGCUGGCCUUGCUCAUCCAUUUCUUCCCAUGCCAGCACAGUAUUGUGUGUGAGGAAUGCUCCAGAAGAAUGAAGAAGUGCAUCAAAUGUCAAGUUACAAUAACCAAAAAACUCAAGCAAGACAGCACCGAGGUGGAGUGCAGCCCAAGCUCUGAAUCCACAGAUCAGAGGAAGCUCAUGGAGGAGCUGCAGAACCGCUACCGGCAGAUGGAAGAGCGCAUCACCUGCCCUAUUUGCAUCGAUGACCAAAUCAAACUGGUCUUCCAGUGUGGACAUGGCUCUUGCCCAGACUGCAGCACAGCCCUUACUGUGUGCCCCAUCUGCCGGCAGGCUAUCCGGGAGAGGAUUCAGAUCUUUGUCUAAGGAUACGCUUGCUUCCCUUCCCGUUCCCACCUCCUUUACAUCCUUUUUGUUUGCAUUUUAGAUGAAAAGUGCUGCUCAGUCUGGCUACCUGCAAAGCCAUUGUGAAAGAGGGGGGAAACAAAUGUGACUUGGGUGAAGGUGGAGGGGAGGGAGUGUCCUCCACUUGCAGCAUCAUAAGGGUGAGCAGCGGUGCUGGAGGGCAGGCAGCCACCUCACCUUGUGCUGCCCGUCCAUUGGAAAGACACAAAGUAAAGAAUGCUGAACUGUCUACUGAAGGCAGAAGAGACUUGCAGACCAGAGGCAAUAGACUUCCACAUGCAGAUGUUUGCAGAGGCACCCUGCUCCAGUGACUGCAUCGUGUCUAGUGCCCUGCAGCGUCAGAUUUGCAGCCUUGUGUUGCUCUGAAGGCGAUGCUGUAGAAGGAUAUCCCUUAUACCUCGGCAGGCAAAGCAUAUGCUUGCACUUUGUGCAAGGAGAUACCAGAGGAGAUCAGUCGUGGCCAUCAGUCCUCCUUGAUGCCUGUCAGUGGUAGGGAGGUAAUGUCCUAAGACAGCAUGCUCUCUGAACUAGUACUUAAAGGCUCAACGAGAUUUGGACUGACAGACAAAUCUGGAUGUGAUGAGAUCCUAGAGACAGAGUGUGUGUGCCUUAGAGAUAAAGUAGUGAACACUGAUUGGAGAAAAUAUGUUGUUACAACAAAAACUUCUCUAAGUGACACUCUUCCAUAUUUUAUUUUUUGCACAACUGUGUGUUCAGAGACUCCUGAGCUUUCUAUCCAUAAUGCCAAAGGCAGGUGUUAAAUGCUCCAAUCGAAGUGUAAAGAAAAUAGAGUAAUAAUUAAGAAAUGAGAAGGAUUUCAUUUUCGUUUCUUUGUUUUGCAGCAGAACUUAAUAAAAUAAAAUUAUAUUUUCCUGAGCAUUAAAAUGAAUGUACAAACAGUA